GGGGCAUCCUGUUCCAGGCAGCAUCACCUUAUAGAGAACUCCUCCUCAUAAACUUCACUUCAUCAUCGACUUUGUUAUCAAGUCCUGUCUCAUCAUCAACGCAAUGGGAUCUCUUCCUCUCACAAGUAUUACAGUGCCGCCAGCCCAAGGCCAAACGCACACUCACACCGUCGUGUUCCUGCACGGUCGCGGCGACAACGCUGCCAACUUCUCCAGCUCGCUCCAAUACUCGCGCGACUCCCAAGGCCGUACGCUUGCCGACGCUUUCCCUUCUUUUCGAUGGGUAUUUCCUCAAGCACCUCAGAGAAAAUGCGCCAGUUCACCCGAUGUAUGGAACCAAUGGUUCGAUGUCUGGAACGUGAGGAACUUGUCGGAAAAUGAAGACCUCCAGGCAGAAGGGCUCAAAGAAGUCGUGCCUAAAAUUCGGGAUAUUCUAGCCAAAGAAGCAAACGACUUGAACGGGAGGUGGGACAAGGUCAUUUUGAUGGGCAUCAGCAUGGGCUCUGCGACAAGCGUGCACACAUUGUUCAACCUCGACAUCCCGACCCCGGACAAAAAAUUGGGCGCCUUUAUUGGCUUCAGCGGUCGUUGCCCAUUUGCCGGGCGAUCACUUGAUGAGAUGCGCAAGACGCUUCAACUCGAUUCUUCCCCAACGCACAGCGACGUUCUCAAGAAUACGCCUAUGCUCUUGGAACAUUGCGUCGAUGAUCCGUUGGUGUUGGUGGAUUGGGGCAGGAGGCAGUGCGAGAUUCUGAAAGGUCUUGGAGCGAAUGUGACAUGGAGGGAGUAUGGGAGCGGAGGACACUGGUUCAAGUCACCCGAGGGCAUAGAUGAUGCGAUAGAAUUUCUGAAGGCUGUUCUUUAGAAUUUAGAUACUAGACUGGGAGUCUUGGCUGUAUCUACCAUGCGUAGUUCGGGGAGCCACCUGUGCAGCUCGUUCAUCAUCGUCGUGGCGGGCAUCAAUCUCAUUCAUUCGCUGAUUGCAGACCCUUGUUUCUCUUUUUUUUCGUCAUCAAAGACACGAUUGUUAAGUAGUCUUGAGCAUAAACAACCUGCUGUUGUAGCCAAAUCUGGCACAUUUGUGCAGUUGACUGCUGCCUACAGGGUUAAGCUUUAGGCUGCGAACGGGAAGUGAUGGUAGAGAACACGGUAGUUUCCCCUCAAUAUACGCUUUUGUCU